AUGCCUGUUCGCGGCUGCCUCGUGAUUAGGAGAAGCAUCGCAACCAGACCUACGAAGGAGCAGUUGGCCCCUCUGCCAGCAGCUCCACUGGGUAGAAAGCCCACAGGCUACCGAGGCAACCACCAGCACAAGAAGGACCUCAACGACCCGGUAUAUCCAACCACAAAGGUACCGGCUGCGCUCGUGCCCAGAUUCCCGCUAGACUGGAGGAACGCCGGCAGGUUCCUGAUCACUGCCGCCCUGGCUAGGCUUGAGGACCGGCGCAUCCUUCGCCACCCGCAGAGUCUGCGUUUCCAGCAGGAAGGACCUUGCGGCGCGCGCUGUAGUCUGCACUGCUCCAAAUCGCCGUACCGCUGCCUGUGUGCCUGGCGAGUGCGCGGGUCGCUCCAGCACGCUGCGCGAGUGGACAACAUCCUCGUGUCGUUCAAGGGGCCGAUACACAACCCCAAGCUGUUCACCGUGCCGAGGCCGGUGGCGCAGAAAAGCACUCACCAGGCCCGGCGCUUGCUGAUAGACGAGAACGGGGUGUAUCGGGUGGAGAAGAAGUCGUAUCGCUACCCGGUGUUCAGCAGCAGGGACUCCCAGCCGGCUUCGGCGUACCACGGGCAGGUGCCGGACUACGAGCCGACGUUCAAACUGUAG